AUCUGGGCGUGGUUGCUUCUUCCUGGACAAGACCAAACGCGGUGGGGGCGGGCCCGAGAGAGGCAGCCCCACCCCCAGCAGGGGGGUCGCGUCGCUGCAUCUCCAGCCGGGCGCCGGCGGGGCUCGCCUCCCUCCUCGGGCAGCUGCGGCGUCUGCACCGCGCGGCCGCGCCGCUUGCCUGCUUGCCUGCUUGCUUGCAGGGCGGCCCGAGACGCAGCGGGGUGCAGGGCGGAGCCUGCGGAGGGAGGGGCCGCUGCCGCCCGACUUGGUGCGGGGGGCGGGGGCUGGCCCGGUUGCGGCAGCUGCUGCUCCUCCUGCGCGUGCCUGCGAGGAAAGCAGCAGCAGCAGCCGCCGCCUCAGCCGCCGCGGGAGGAGGAAAGUAACUUUGCAGUCGCUGCUGCCGCCGCCGCCGCCGGGCCCUUCCCGGGCUCUGCCGCAGCCAGCGAGGGGCGUUGCGGUCUGCGUUGCGGGCGAGGCGGGGGUCUCUCGGCCUCUGCCGCCGGGAUGAGCCUGCUGCGGGUGUCGGAGCUGCGGGCACAGAUGGAGGAGGAGGCGGCGGCGGCUGCGUCGCCGUCGGGGGGCCGCUGGCUGCCCAGCCACGUCCAGGUGACGGUGGUGCAGGCGCGGGGGCUGCGGCCCAAGGGCGGCCCCGGCGACGUCUUCGUGGUGCUGCAGUUGGGCCGCCAGAAGCACCGCACGUCGGUGGCCACCGAGAAGGGCAGCGGCGGGCCGCGCUGGGGCGAGGAGGUGGCGCUGGAGCUGCCGCCCUCGGCCCCUGAAGAGACGGACCCCGCCGCCGCCGAGGCGCUCCUGCUGCAGCUGACCGUCUGGCAGCGGGCGCUCGUCGGCAUGGACCGCUUCCUCGGCCGCGCCUCCGUCCCGCUGGCCGCGCUGCUCGAAGGCGGCCGCGCCCACCCGGACCAGUGGUACAAGCUGCACUCCAAGCCGGGCAGGAAGGAGAAGGAGCGUGGCGAGAUCCAGGUCAGCCUCCAGUUCAGCCGCCAGAGCCUGACGGCCAGCAUGUUUGACCUGUCCAUCAAGGAGAAGCCGCGGUCCCCCUUUGGCAAGCUGAAGGACAAGGUGAAGGGGAGGCGCAAGUACGACCUGGAGUCCGCCUCCGCCAUCGUGCCCAGCAGCAGCGGGGCCCUCGACGAGGACUUUGACCUGGGGGGCAAGAAGGCCAAGCCCAAAGGGGGCGGCGGCGGCGGCUUCUUCUUCAAGAGCAAGCUGCGGAAGUCCUCCUUGACCCAGUCCAACACCUCCCUGGGCUCCGACAGCACCGUCUCCUCGGCCAGCAGCAUGGCGGGCAUCGGCCCCUCCGAGCUGGGGGCACGCUCGCCCAGUCGGCACAGCAGCCUCUCCACCGAGCGCACCGUGAGAGACUUCCUGCCUUCACCAAAGCUAUCCCAUAAGAGGGCGUUCAGCGACGAGGUCUCCCAGAUCAACACGAUGCCAGAAUCCAAAUCGGUCCAGAGCCCAAAGCUGCAGAACGAGCCCAUCUCCCGGUCCUCACUCUGCAUCAACGGAAGCCAUAUCUACUGCGAGGAGCCCUCUCCAAAGCCAUCUCUUCUCUCCUCCUCCUCGGCGGCUGCUGCUGCUGCUCCUCCUCCUCUCCCACCUUCACCGAGCAUCCCCAGCAAGCCAGAGGAGGGCUUCAGCGCUGGGCCUCACGGUUCAGAGCCAGAAUUGCCACCAUGGUCCAGCCACAGCUUCCAGAAAGGCCCCCCCAAAGACCCCCCCAGGUUCAUCCCCUCCCCGCCGAUCUUGGCUGCUCAGGAAGAAGACAAGCUCUCAGUCAAGACGAUAGCCCUCAACAAGCACCGGGGCCGAGUCAAGCUGGAGGAGGGGCUGCACGCCGAGAGCAAGCCCAUCCAGAUUGCAGCCCCCAUGGUCUUCUCCGCGGAUGUGGUGAGGGUGAGGCCCCACGAAGCCCUGAAGGAGGAGAAGAGGGCCGGCUUCUUCCGACAUGGGAGCAGUAAAGAGGAGAGCGAGAAGAGUGCUGUGCCGGAAAGUGUCGGGCCCUUGCAGCGCGUCGUGGCAGCUGGAGGGGAAGAGAGAGGCAGGAGCAGCAGCUGGUUUGGCCUGAAGGACUCAAGGGAGCCGUCCCCAAAGCCCAGUUCCCAAUCUGAGCCGCUUGCUGCGACAGAGGUUGCCAAGGACGCUUCUUUCUCUGAGGAUCGUGGCCCCCCUUCCUCUGUCAGAGCUGCACCCCAAAGUGUGAGCCACCUUGAGGAGGCGGCGGCGGCGGCAGUGGCUGCUGCUAAAACCCCCCCCGAAUGGGACGACGGCUUUGAUGCCUUGGCCACCAGCAGACUCAGGCCAGAAGCUUGGCGGGAGACCCCGUGGCCCCCUCCCCCAGUCACUGAUGGGCCUGACAGAGCGAGCCCCUCUGAGGAGGCUGCUGAGCUUGCACUGCAGGGGGAGGGCGAGCCGUGGGGCACUUGGGAAGACCCCCGUCCGCGGAGUCCAGCCGUGGCCAGCUCUGCCCCUGAAGAGACGCUGCAAGAGAGUGGGGGGCAACAGGCCCCGCGGGCACAGCCGGAGGACCGGCCGGACAGGCUGGCUCUGCCGUGGGGGGCAGGAUCGUGUGAAGAAGCCUCCACUCCGGGACAAGCGGGAGAGAGUUGCCCCCCAGCCCGGGAGCCGGUGGCGGGCGCAGGAAGUGCCUGGGGGGGAGGGGGAGGAGGAGGGUGGGUGGCCUCGGCGGCUGGGGCACCCGGCCUCCUCUUGGACUCCAAACCGUGGCUUGGCCACGCUCCGCGGGACUCCCCGAGCAGAUGUACCUUCCUUGGGGAUGUUUUCCCAGAGGAGGAGGAGGAGGAGGAGAGGCCUCUGAGCUCACCCCAAGGCAGCUUUUGUGAACGGCCUGCUCCAGGGCUGCAGAGAGAGCGGCCGCCUUCUGAGGCUGACCGAGGGCAGGAGAGCACCGUGGCUGAGGGGCACGGCUGGGACUUGGGCCGGCCAGAGCCAGGGGUCAGCCUGGCGCCUCCCGUCAGUGGGCUUCUGAGCUCCACGGGGGAGGCCGAGCCCCCUGAGCUGGCAAAGGAAGCCACCCGGAAGCCAGGCUGCAGCGGGGAGGAGGAGGAAGAGGAGGAGAGGUGUGUAACCAUGGAGACCCAGGAGCAGAGAGGGGAGGGGGAGCGCAGGACCCCAGAGGCCCCCCCUCCCAAGCCCCCCCGGAGGUUCACGCCCCUCAACCUUGAGGAGGAAGCAGACGGCACCCAGGCGAGGUGGCAAGAUGGCGCGGCCCAGGAGUGUGAAAAGCAGGGGGGCCCCGCGGUGGAAACCUGGCAGCAAGACCCCCCUGUGGGCGAAGCCGGCCCUCCUUCUCCUCCUCCAGUGGCUGCUGCCUCCCCUGUGCCGGCCGCGCUAAUUGGAGCAGGUGGCAAGAGCAGCAUCCCUCGCGUGGCGGCGGCGGCAGCGGCAGCGGAGGGAGAGGAACCUGCCAGGGCUAACGAGCUGAGGAGCCCAGGAGGAGGCCGGCCUUCUGGGGGUGCCCCUUUGCUGGCGGCUGGAGAGGAGGAGGAGGAGGCGGAGGCCGCUGGGGCUGAGCGGCUUGGACCUUGCCCUUCGGAGCUCUCCCUGGGCAGGCCAGGCCUGCGGGGGGCCACGGAGGAUGCCGGUGGGGAGGCCAGCCUGGUUCCGUGGAGGGCCACCAGGCCGCAGUCGCUCCCGCUGCCAGGCUCCGCCGAGCAGCUCCCCAGGCCCAGCGGCGCAGGGCCCGGCCCUUCCCGGACGCCCCAGGAGCCGGGCUCCAGCCCUUCGGUGCUGUUCUGGACGGCCUUGGAGGAGCAGCAGCUGAAUCCGUCCCCGGACUGCCCAGGUGGCUUCAAGCAGCCCGCAGGGCCUCGCCUUGGGGAGGAGGAGGACGCAUCGGAUGUGGGGCCCAGCCCCGGGCAGGAAGGUGGGCCAGGCCUUGCCUCAGCCGAAGUGGGCCAGGCCCCGCCCGCCUCCCCGCUGGCCUUGGCGGGCAGGGUGCUUCGGCAGAGACACGGGGGCGACCCGGCCCGUGAGUCGGACGGACGGGGGAUGGACUUCAAGAAGCCUGACUUCUGGCAGCCGGGGCGGGGGGAGCAGAAGGCCCCCCCCCUGGUGCUGGGCAACCCCUUUGCACCCCGGGCUGGCUCCCCUGCUCAGCACAACCCCUUUGUGGAGCGGUCUCCCACCCAGGCCCCAGGCCUGAGCUUUGGAGACCUUCCUGCCGAGACCGCCCCGCAGGGCCGCCCCUGUGCUGCUCCCUUAGCCUUCUCCACGCCUUCCCUCGAGGCCUCUCUCCAGCCCAGGCGGUUUGACCUCCCUUCCCCCGUGGUGGUGCAGCCUGCCACGGGUGGGGGGUCUGCAGCAAGCCGCCCAGCCUCAGCCCGCCCCUCCCUUGCUCUGCCACAGACCAGCUGCCGCGUCGAUGCCUCAGCGCCUUCGGUCUUGCCCGUGGAGACGCCACCGGCUGCAGAGGUGCCUCGCCAGCGGACAACCAGUCCACACCCCGUGAAGCCCAUCAGCACCCCAGCGCCAGAGAGCUCGCGUGAGGAGGCGGAAGAGCAGCGGCCCUCCACCCGGACCCCUGUUUCCAGCAGGGGGCAGGAGAGACUCGAGCCAAGCAGCGCCGAUUCAGCCGCUCCGGUUCUGCAGCUGGAACAGGCAGAGCCCAAAAGGGAACCUUCCGGGCUGGACUGCUCGGCCAAGUACUACCACCUGACGCACGACGAGCUGAUCCGGCUGCUGCUGAAGCGGGAGGCCGAGCUGAGCAAGAAGCAGGAGCACGUCCGUGAGCUGGAAAACUACAUCGACCGGCUGCUGGUGCGCAUCAUGGAGCAGUCGCCCACGCUGCUGCAGAUCCCCCUUGGCGGGGAGCCCAAGGCUGCCAAAUAGGGGCCCCCCCACUGUGCAUUUCUGGCUGCCACGUCUCCUUUCCCCGCCCCGAGCUCCCUGCCCCACACAGCUCCCUCUCCUUGCUUGAGCCUCCGAGGAGGUGCCCUGCAGCGUCCUCUGUGCUUCCUGACCCUCCGGCUGCAGUGGGGCUGCCAGGGCCAGCCACGUAGGAUGCCCCCCCAGUUGAGUUCCAAGAUGCCCGCCUGCACAGGACACACUUCUCCUCCUCCUCCAGGGGGCUGCUGCGUUUCCACACCCGAGGAUGGGUUGGUGCUGCAUCCUGAGUGCCGGUGGGCAUCGGAGUGCCGACCCUGCACUGUGACCCGCUCUCCCCCUCUGCGCCUGGCCCUGGAGGACGCUCGGAGCAGCGGCCCUGCCAGCGGCCCAGUCCCUCACUUUGUGAACUCACUGCUGCCUACAUUGAGCUGUGUCCCCUGGCCUGACGGUGCCCGCACCUUUCCAUGGUGAGUGGCUGGAGCUGCCUGCUUGACCUCUUUGGUCCUGCUGGCUGCCGUUGGGGAAACGAGCGGGCAGGGCACCUGCAUGACCAAGGAGACACAUUUGGCAAUAAAGCCCCUCCAGCAGGCUCGGGACAGAACUCCUCUCCUCACUCCAAGGCGAAGAAGCUCCGUGUUCCUGGAGGACUCGCUCCCGGCCUGCUGGGCCCCUCCAACGGUGCCAACCACCCAGUCUCUUCCAGGCUGGCCUGACCUCUUCGUAGUGCUCUCCUCGGAGGCCCCUGCAGUUGGGCAGCCUUUGGCCUUGAUGCAAAGAGCGCCGUGCUGCUCUCCCGCUUCCUUUCCUUCCUUUCCUUCCUUUCCCUCUUUGGGGGCAGCCUGUGGAGGCAUAUUCUGCCUGCAGUGAUCAUCAGAGAAGAGUGUGCCUUUUUGUUCGUAGGAGGAAGAAUAGUUCACAGUUCCUGAAGCGACCAGUUCUUGUGCAAUAAGCCUUUUUCUUUCUGCAUUGUAGCCCCACCGAAUGCCCCGGCGGAGCUCUGGCUAGGCAGUGGAGGUCAGCGGUGGGCCCCCAGUGCUCAGGGCUCGGCCACGGGACCGUGGGUGGGCCUGUUGGGGCCUGCCAGGGGCUGGGCUCAGGGUGGAGGCAAGGCCCCCUGCACGUGGAAGCCGUGGUCUUGAGAGCCCUUUGGCGGGAGAGAGCCUGGGCCUGCCUCCGGAGACAGAGUCAGGCCUGGGAUAUUCUGUGGCGAAAGCGCUGGCCAAGCUCUUGGCACAGUUCUGUGUUCUCUCCCCACCGGCCACGCUUCCUGCCGGGUCUCGGGGGGGUCUCCCCUGCCCAAAUCGUAGCUCCUUGCAGUGGCCUGGGGUGCCCGAGCCUCGACCUGCUGCUGCUGCUCCCCCCGUCUUCCGGCUCCGGCAUCCUUUGGGCUGCCCUCGCUUCGCCCUGGGAGCCCCUGUGGGCCACUCCAUGGUGCAGCCACCCCCCGGCUGCAGCGGGGGCCUUCUCCUUGCACCUUACCUUUAGCUUUCAUCCAGUUGCACCGUCAACGUCUCCUGGCCUUCGCCUGUUCUGGACUCUGUCCUGGGCUUGAGAUUGUUGGGAGCACAUCCGCCAGAGUUCUUGCCUGCUGCAGUCUCUCACGACAAAGUGUGUCCUCUCUGGGCGUGAAGGGAAUCCCCCUGGAAGCGCUGGAGGCUUGAAAUGGAGCCCAGAGGCAGGGGGAAAGGGGGCCACCUGCAGAAACUGCUGCAGACCGAGCAGGCAGUGGAGAUCUUCUGUGUGUGCAGGGAAGGGACCAGCCGGCCCCCUGCUUGUCUUUUGGGGAGCUGUGUGAACUCUUGCACUUAGGGAGGGGCAUUCCUGCCCAGGCCGCUUGGUCUGCUGCAGUUCCCGCUCUCCCCUCUCCGCAUCGCCUGGGUCCUCCUGGGCUGUUGUGUGGACCAAAAGUGGGCAACCCUUCCGUGCUGCAUCCUGCCGUGUGUGUGUGUUGCAAGUAACUCACCGGGGCUUGCAGGUGCUGAUGAGAAGUGCAGGAGAUGGAGGCUUGGAAGGGGGAGCAGGAGAGCGCAUCACCUUCUUUCCCCGUCUGUGCCUCCAAGUGUGUGGCAUCUCGGGGCUUCCGGGGCGGCAGGUACAUCUGCUGCAGAGGAUGUGACACCUGCCCUCUGGUAGCAGCCCUCCGUGACUUCCCUGCCCCAGGUGACACCCUCAGACGGCCUCGGGCAGUCUUUCCUGGCAAUGCACCUCUUGUCACCUCGACACUGUUUUUCUGGCCUUGUCCUGGGUGGGCCCAGUUGAGCCCUGCUGCUGACUUGGACAGAAAAGACGCCAGGCCCGCAAACCCGCCCAGGAGGCCUGGGGGAGAGCAGGGCGAGUCUUCCUCCUCCCGUGCAAGGGAGUACGCGAGUGCUCCCCUCACUAGGACCCCCCCCCCCGCUCCCGGGAGGGUGUAAGUGUUUCCGUUGAGGGGCUUCUGCUGGGACUGCCAACAGCAUCCCCCAGUCCUUGGUGUUGGAAGAGGCUCUUGCUUGUGUUGCAGGGCUCAUUGGGCAAAGUUUGUUUUUAAAAAAGAGAGCUUAUGUUUUAAGCACUUUAAAAUGAAAAUUAAAAAUGGUUGAAUUUGUUGCUUAGAAA